UAUCAUUACGUUUUGGUUUUGGUUUUCCCCUGUCUAUUUUUGACUAAAAAAUAAAAUUUUAAAUUUACAUAAUGAAGCACAUCCUCCAAGCAUUUUUUCUUAAGCGGGUUUUCCACUAGGCGGAUUAUUCCGUGUGGAGCGGAGCGGCCAUUGUUGUUCUUGUGAAAAUUCCGCCAAAGGCGUUCCGCUACGCGCGGAAUUAAAAGUUGAACCGGACUCGACUUUUCCGCCACUGUAAAUUCCGCGAGCCAAUCAAAAUGCUUGAUUUCGUGUGUUUUACAUAAAAUUUAAAAUAGCUGAAAGCUGAAAGGAAAUAGCGAAGCAGUAGCUGUGAAUGCAUCAUUGUGAACCAUUGUGACAAGAAAAAGGGAAAUAAGAUGUCUUUCGCAGAAUCUAGUCAGAUUUUGAUGUCAUGCACGCCAGUAGAGAGUCAAGUUACAGAAUUUGACAAAGAAUUGUUUAUAGAGGAAGUUCGGAAAUUUCCAUGUCUAUGGAACAUUUAUUCUACUGAUUACAAAGACAGAAACAUCAAAAAUAAUGCAUGGCAAGAAUUGGCAAGAAUAUUUCAAAAAGAUUGCGAAUUCCUUCAAAAACAACUAAAAUAUUUAAAAGACAACCUGAAAAAAUGUCUCGACAGAAGAACAAGGAUGACAAAAUCAGGUGCAGCUGCUUCGUCGUUACCAAAAUGUAACUAUUUUGAACAGAUGUCCUUUCUUUAUGAAGGAGCACCUAUGAACUUCCCAACUGAAAGCAAUGUACGGAUACAGAGUAAAGAAAAUACAGAACAAACGUGUUCAAAGGAAAGCGUUGAUCAACCCCCUGAUGUAGAUUUGUUCACACCACCACAAUCUCCUAUGAUUUUGAACAAAAUUACGGACAAUGGCAGCGCUACUGUCACGGCAAAGCGGGAGAAAAGAAAACGUAGUGAGAAUGCAGAAGGAAAUAGAAUUUUGAAAGAGUUGGAUGCAAUAGAGAAAGAAUUAAAAGCUGGUGAUAAAGAGGAAUGUGAAGAUAGUCUUUUUUGCCGUAGCCUAGUGCCCACUUUAAGAAAAUUAUCUGCCAAGAAGAACAAAAUGGCAAAAAUUAGGAUUUCACAGCUGUUGUUUGAAAUUGAGUUUGAUGAGGCAUGUGAAUAAAACUAAUUUUCUCUUUAACAUUUUUUAUAUAACAUAACAUUUUUUACAGUAUUUGUAUGGAUGUACAUUUUCUAUACAUGUUGACACAAAUUAUUCAGUUUUUAUUUUGUCCUGUACUAUUGACAAU